UCCAAUCUGGGAGCUUCUUGUACUGCCUGUCUAUUUGAAUGUAUCCUGUGCUGUCCAAAAGCAGUAACCCUAAUGGUUUGGAAAAGAAAAUUCAAAAUCGGAACCGAAGACGACAUUAAUAAAACCAUUAGGGAAGCCGUUCUUGAUCGAUAGCAUCAGAAACCACAUUUGAACUUCGUUUAUAGCAAGGCUACGGCGCUAACGUUAGUUAGCCAGCUACGUCUGCGACAAUUUCCAACAAAAAUACAGAAACAAGAUCCCGCAUGGCCCACGUGUAGCGGACGCAUCGAGGUCCCAGGCGCGAGGAAGAGGGUGCGGCGGGCUGGAGCGUGGAGAUGAAGGCCACCCACCAGAAGAACUCGGUGCGGAUCCUGGCUGGUCGCGAGCGGGGGGCGCAGGGGCAGGGCUCCCAGCGCCUCCUGCAGCAGCUGGUGGAGGAGAAGGCCCGCGGGAUGAAGUGGCAGAGCCAGAAAGUAGAGUUGCCGGAUAGCCCUCGCUCAACAUUCCUGUUGGCGUUCAGCCCAGACAGGACCCUAAUGGCUUCUACUCAUGUCAAUCACAACAUCUACAUCACGGAGGUGAAAACGGGCAAGUGCAUCCACUCCCUGGUGGGCCACCGCCGCACCCCGUGGUGCGUGACCUUUCACCCCACCAUUUUGGGACUGGUGGCCUCUGGGUGCCUUGACGGGGAGGUCCGCAUUUGGGAUCUGCAUGGCGGCAGCGAGAGCUGGUUCACUGAGAGCAAUGUGGCUAUCGCUUCCCUGGCCUUCCACCCAACCGCCCAGCUCCUCCUCAUCGCCACCAACAACGAGGUGCACUUCUGGGACUGGAGCCGGCGUGAGCCCUUCGCUGUGGUUAAGACUGCCAGUGAGACGGAGAGAGUCAGGCUGGUCAGAUUUGAUCCCUUGGGUCACAACCUUUUGACAGCCAUUGUCAACCCUUCAAACCAACAGAGUGACGACGACUCCGAGGUUCCCAUGGACAGUGUGGAGAUGCCCCACUUCCGCCAGCGCUCCUUCCUGCAGUCCCAGCCCGUGCGCCGCACGCCCAUCCUGCACAACUUCCUGCACAUCCUGUCGUCCCGCAACUCUGGGUCUCAGGCCGGCGAGCAGCCCUCGCCCGCGGAGGAGAGCCCGGCUCCCCCCAGCCUGCCCUCCGGGCGCUACACCUCGCUCCGCGACCGGCCGGCCUACCAGGGCUGCGUGCAGCACCUGGGCAUGGUGUGCUUCUGCAGCCGCUGCUCGGUGGCCCGCACCCCCUCGCCCGGGGAGGAGCCGCCGCCCGCCCCCUCCCCGCCCCCGGCCUCCGCCGACCUCCUGCCCCCCCUCCACGCCUCCACCUUCUCCUCGGCCCGCACCGAGCCCAGGCAGCCCUCGGAGCCCCGCGGGCCCGACCGGCCCUCGGCCUUCAGCAGCGUGUACAGCAGCGCCGCCGGGAACUCGCUGCGCAGCCUCUCCUCCGCCCCCACGCGCCGAGGCCUCCUGGGCCUGGUGGCCGGCCAGCCCCUGAGCCACCAGCCGCCCAGCCGGGACCCCUCCGGCCGCCUGGCGGGCGCCGACUGGACGGGCAGCAUGCUGAACGUCCGCUCGGAGGGAGGGGGAAGCGGCGGGAUGCCGCCGCCCAGGACUAGCGCCUCGUCCGUCAGCCUGCUGUCGGUGCUCAGGCAGCAGGAGGGCUCGUCGCAGACGCCCGUCUACACCUCCGCCACCGAGGGCCGGGGGUUCCACCCGUCUGGGGCCGGCCCCAGCGCCGGCGGGAGCGGCAGCGGCGGGGGCAGUAACCUGGGGGGCGGCGCCGGGACCAGCAGCGGACACCACCCGCUGGGGGAGGGAGGGCGGAACAGCCCGGCCUCCAUCCGCAAGGUGCUCCAGUGCAACCUGAGCCGGUACUUCAUGGAGUACGACCGGCUGCAGGACAUGGAGCAGUCCAUGGGCGGCGAGGCGGGCCAGGAGCAGCCCAGCACCACGCAGGAGCUGCUCAACAACAACAUGGACCCCGACCGGCCGGGCCCGUCCCACUACCAACCGCCGCCGCACAGCAGCGAGAACAGCUCCAGCCUCUCCCGAGGCCAUCUUAACCGCUGCCGCGCGUGCCACAACCUGCUCACCUUCAACCACGACACGCAGCGCUGGGAGCGCACCGCGCAGGCCUCCUCCACGUCCAGCGAGGACGCCUCCCCCUGGCAGCCUCCCGGCUCCGCCUUCGAGGCCCUGGGCCAGGGGGGCUCGCGAGAGCCCCACCCCCCGGAGAGACGGGCGGUGCCCGUGGCCGCCGUGCCCAGCGCGGGAGGGCCUGUCACCGACCCCGGGCCUUUCCCCCGCCCGGGGUCCUCCGGCCAGCAGGGGGAGCAGACAGUGGGGCUGGUGUACAACCAGGAGACGGGCCAGUGGGAGCGAGUUUACAGGCAGACCGCCGCCAGCCGAACCAGGAAUGUAUCACAAGAGGCCUUAAACCAGGAAGUGCCUGAGGAGAACUCGGACGAGGAUUCCCUGAGGAGGAGGCUGUUGGAGUCCUCUCUCAUCUCUCUGUCCCGAUACGACAUGUCCGGAUCCCGAGACCAUCCCAUUUAUCCCGAUCCUGCCAGGUUGUCCCCGGCUGCGUACUACGCCCAGCGGAUGAUCCAGUACCUCUCCCGGCGGGACAGCAUUCGGCAGCGCUCCCUGCGCUAUCAGCAGAACCGGCUGCGGCCCCUCGCCUCGUCCUCGUCCGACAGCACCGCCAGCAACACAGCCCCCUCCAUGGAGAACAACGAAGUCGACUUUGAGGAGUACGAGGACAACGGGGACCGGGCGAGACACCGGACUCCACGCAACGCCCGCAUGUCCGCCCCCUCGCUCGGCCGAUUCGUUCCCCGGCGAUUCCUGUUACCAGAAUACCUGCCCUAUGCUGGGAUUUUCCACGAGAGAGGCCAACCUGGUCUGGCCACUCACUCGUCUGUCAACCGAGUCCUGGCAGGCGCCGUGAUCGGAGACGGGCAGUCCGCCGUGGCCAGCAACAUCGCCAACACCACCUAUCGCCUCCAGUGGUGGGACUUCACCAAGUUCGAUCUCCCCGAGAUCAGCAACGCCUCGGUCAACGUGCUGGUGCAGAACUGCAAGAUCUACAACGACGCCAGCUGUGACAUCUCCGCCGACGGACAGCUGCUGGCCGUCUUCAUCCCCAGCAGCCAGCGCGGCUUCCCCGACGAGGGCAUCCUGGCCGUGUACUCGCUGGCCCCGCACAACCUGGGGGAGAUGCUCUACACCAAGAGAUUCGGUCCCAACGCCAUUUCAGUCAGCCUGUCGCCCAUGGGCCGGUACGUGAUGGUGGGCCUGGCCUCCCGCCGGAUCCUGCUGCACCCCACCACCGACCACAUGGUGGCGCAAGUGUUCCGCCUGCAGCAGCCCCACGGCGGAGAGACGUCCAUGCGGAGGGUGUUCAACGUGGUCUACCCGAUGGCCCCGGACCAGCGCCGGCACGUCAGCAUCAACUCAGCCCGGUGGCUCCCAGAACCUGGCUUAGGCCUGGCCUACGGGACCAACAAGGGGGAUCUGGUCAUCUGCCGGCCCGUGGAUUCCCGGUCGGACGGAGACGGUCCUGCCGACCACAGCGCAGAGCCCAUGUUUACGGUCAAUAACAGCAACAGCACCAGCGUGCCCGGGGGGACUGAGAGACAGGGGACGAGCAGGGCGAACUGGCGGUCCGACCGGGACAUGGGACUGAUGAACGCGAUUGGUCUGCAGCCCCGUCACCCCGCCCCCUCGGUGACAUCGCAGGGGACGCAGACGCCCGUCCUGCAGCUGCAGAACGCAGAGACGCAGACGGACAGAGACCUGCAGGAGGCCGGCACCUCUCAGACCGCCUCCCACGCCCCCGGGGACCUGGAGCACCCCUCCACCAGCAGCGGCUACAGCAGCGGUGCGGACCGGAGACCGGAGUCACCCCCCCGGCCCCAGCCCCAGGACGGCCGGGCGGCCGAAACCUCCACGGAGGCCGGGACCAGCACCACCGGGGAGGCCUCGGAGCUGGGUUCGAGUGAGGACGCUCUGUCGCGGAUCCGGCGGCUGAUAGCGGAGGGUGGGAUGACGGCGGUGGUCCAGCGGGAGCAGAGCACCACCAUGGCCUCCAUGGGCGGCUUCGGCAACAACAUCGUGGUGAGCCACCGCAUCCACCGCGGCUCGCAGACCGGGGCCGAUUCCCGCGCCAACGCCGCCCCCCCCGGCUCCCCGCCGUGCCCCUCCACCUCGUACCGCUUCCCCGUCACCGUCACCCGGGCCCGCGUCCCCGCCCCCACCCUGCGGCUGACCGAGGGGGCCCCAGAGCUCGCCGGGACGCCGGGGCCCUUACCGUUCCCUCCCCCGGCGGACCCGGCCGCGCCCAUGGACAUCGACGACGUCUUCGAGAGCGGGCGCCUGGUGGGCUCUUCCUCUCCUUCCUCCUCCUCCUCCUCGUCCUCUUCCUCCUCCUCUUCCUUCUCCCCCGACUCCUCCCCGUCCGUCAACGCCAACAACAACAACAACAAUGGCGGAGUCGGCGGGGCGGACCAGUUGGGCGACCCUUACAGCAGGUAGUCUGGUGCACUGGGGUCCCGCAGCGGAGGUGCCCAGGGGCGGUGUGCAGGCUUGGGCAGCCAGUGGGCGCUAGAGACCUGCUUCAGAGACAGUGUUACGAACACAGGGGGCAGUUUCUGUGACUGCUUACCCGGUGGAGUCCGCUCCACCGUCAGCCUUACUUGCUCGAGUGUAGGUGCUGAUAUCUUUUGGGGCUCCCCCUCCCUUACCCCUGCCUGUCCCCACCACACUAACCCAUGAAAAAAAACACAACGCCCAACCCCCCUCCACCCCUUAUUUUCUUCUGUUACUGAUGUUUUCUAAAGCUAUGGUAUUUAUUCAGGUCCUGGGGUGGUGUUCAUUUAUUUACAUUGCACUUAAAAGAGUUUUUGCUCGGACCCCGGUCGAGGGAAAAAAAAGAACCUUAGUACUAUGAUCAUUCCAUGUCAAAGAAGUUGUACUUGAAUUAUUUUACUACUAGGGUACCCGAGCAGGGUUUUUGCAAUCCUUAUAAUCCGCGUAGGCUCGGAAAAAACCAAGUUUUAGCGCAUCCGAAGUGCCAUGUAACUACAUGACGACAACACCUUAGGGUCUCUUAAGAAAUGUCGACCUUUUUACAGAGGUCGACAGCAGUCAGUGCCAUGUGAUUAAAAUGCAGUUUCUUAAAAAAAUACAAAUAAAAAAGGCGUAACAUUACCAGCCCAGCAGCUGUGAGGUCAGAUGUUUCUUAGCUGUAAAAAAUGUAAAAAAGUUAAAAAAAAAAUGCUGUUGGCGCACUCUUGUUAUGUAACGCAUUGAUACCGUUGACUAAUGGUUUGCUGCUUUCCUGCUGGAUGCGACGAGAGCUAAGCCAAGGUUCUCACCACGAGAAUGAGAGACCCCCUCGGUCCCUUCUCUCUCUCUUCUGUAGAGUUGCAGCUUCUUCCAUUUUCAUCCCCAGAGUAAAUUGCACGUCUGGUUCCUGCAAUGUUUAUUGCGGCAGAUUAAAAGCUACCGUGGCCACAUUCCUUGAAGUGCAAAAAAAAAAAAAAAAAAACGCUGUUGAAAAUCAAAAAUCAAACAUUUUCCAUUAUUCUGAGAACAGAAGUACCUGUUGAAGCAUGUUUUCUGCGAUGCUGCAUCUAGCAAUUAACAAGGGAGCACUAUAAAUACGAAACGUUGUGUUUUUGCUGAUGGAGCGUACAGUAUAGGUCGGAAACACACCUUGCAAAGGUAUCAUAGUUUUUAAAAAAAGAAAAUGAAAAAAGGAAAAAAAAAAGGAAAAAAAAAGACAAGUGUGCCGCAGUCCUUAAGGGCCGAGGCGAACUCUGAUAAGCACCAUCCUUCCUGUCUUGUUGCACUAGCAGUUUUGGACCAGUGGACCAGUGGUGAGGGUUAGCGUCAGGACCAUCCCCUUCCCCCCUCUUCGAUGUACUGUAAACGUCCCGACGUGCUAACAAUCCGAUCCGCGCCAGCUGCUGGUCCUCAACACAAAAACUUGAUCUCCACGACCCGAGGUCGUUACCACUAGAAUUCAGUGAAACUUGACGGUUGACGAACCCCGCCGCCCCCCGCCCCCCCCCCCCGCCCCCACCCCAAAGACUCGACUGCAGGUUUUGAGGGUUAGGGAAACUCUUAAAAGGCCUUAAGAGCAAUGGUGAGGUAGGGUGCUUUCACAAAGCAAGAGGUCCUCUGUCGAGGUCCCUCAGCCAAGACCCAGCUCCAGCAAAAAGCAGCGCGCGGACGCCCUGGCGCGCGUGUAUGUGUGUGCGCGCGUAGGGGGGACUGACAGCAGGUAAAUGUAGCAUCAGUGAAUGGCUCU